AUGCCCCAGGCCACCAACAGAAAUCUGUUGCGGGACAAGUACAGCUGCCCCAUGGGUAACGGCACCGUCUACUCCGCCCUCCUCAACAUCAGCACUGCAACACGGGAAAGAGCGGUCAAGGCAAACGAAGCGGAGAUACAAAGAUUGCAGAAGAUAACACGGUUCAUCGACAAGGGUUGCAGGACUGCUGAAAACACCCAGUCUCGUGUCAUAGACAAGAUGUCCAAGCACCUAAAGGAACUACAGGCCUUCAAGAAGGUCGUGCAGGAUGACUACAAAAUUUCAAAAUUUCAGACGCUCCGUAACCCGGAUCCCGACCUGGUCCCGCCACGCCGUCUGACUGUAGAGACGCGGUACUAUCACUCGGGGUUUGAUAUGAAAUCUCUCAAACCAGAAAUUAACCGGACAUUGAAGUUAAUGGACCCUGAGAGAAGGAGGAAAAGAUUUAAGCGGCAAAUACUGGAAGCGAGCAGACGAGAGACAAGCAUGUUGUCCAAGACCCACCUGACCACGUCAGCAAUGUUGAAUAACCUCCGGGCUAGGCGUUGCCAAGAGAACGUUGACUUUGAUAACCUUCCAGUAAUUUGUAAAUGA